AGAGAGGGUGGGCGGAGGUGAGAGAGAGAGAGAGAGAGAGUGAAAUAAACAAGGCGUCACUAUUUCCUCGUUAGAAACCCAGUAAUGGUUGCUUGCUCUUGUUCACAGCACAUUAGAUACCUGUUCUAAUUAAAGAAAAAAGAAAAAAAAAAAGGGAUAAUAUUUUUCUCGUCUUUCGCAGAGAUCUCAAUUUGACACCAAAUAAAGAGAAUGGCAACACAUCGAAAACCUUCCACUCCGAAUCCAUUUCAGCAUGAAACUGUUCCAAAACAAGCCUCGAAUCUAUCAAAUGUGGAACAACAACCAGCUUAUGAUAAUCGUCUGCGAAGGCUUAGCUCCUCCAUGAAGAACAACGUUGCAGAUUUCUUUGGAGUUGGCAAAGAGAAUGAAAAGCGUGAAAUGGAAUGGCAUAAUCGACGUUUACGAUAUCAUAACACCAUUGGCAAAAUCAAAGACGAUUAUUUGAGAACAUCAAUGGAUGAUCAAGUAGACUCAAGUUUGUAUUUGCAGGCAUUACCCCGUGAAAUACAUGACCCUUACAAACGACCAAGUCAUCACAUAUCUUACACAAGUGAAAGCACCAGUACCACCUACAAAAGACUACAUCCCAGAAGGAAACGGAAAGAGUCAGUAGUAUCAUUAACAUUAAAAGGCAUAUCAUCAAUUACUAGUUUAAAGAAAAAGCAGCCAAAACCUAGUAUUACUCCAAACAGGAGUUAUGCACCAGCAAGUUUACGUAUUGAUGAAGAUUCUUCACAGGUUCCUCCUCGAGAAGAUAGUAUUAUAGAUGAUGUAUUUUUUGAUGAAGAAAUAACGGAAGAAGAGAAAACCCUUGAACAAAUUCCUGAAGAAGGAAUUGUUGGAGAAGCUGAAAUAUCACCAAAAACUGCUCCUGUGCAGGAUAAACCACCAUCAGCAGUUUCUUAUGAUACCGUUGAUGCACCUAUUGGGCUUAACAAAAUUAAAGAUACUGUUAUUUCAUCAAUGUUAAAAAGACCUCACAAGAGACGCUAUGGUAUGGGUCUCUUGGGUUCCAUGCUGCACCAAAGAGUAAAAACUCGCUUACCAGCUGAUGUCAAGAGUCAACUUGAUGAGUUAGAUAAUUACAGGCCUUAUUUCACAUACUGGGUCACCUUUGUACAGAUUAUUGUCUUCCUGGUCUCUAUUUCUGUUUAUGGUCCUGCUCCUUUUGGAUUUAUGGAAUAUGCUAAAUCAAAACCUGUUCUGAUGCCAAGCCUAGCAAUUGAAUAUAAGGAAUACCGAGAUGUUGCUAAUAUGUGGUUUGGUCCUCGUCAGGCUGAUCUCAUUCACUUGGGGGCCAAAUAUUCUCCAUGUAUGCGAAAAGAUAAGAACAUAUUGGAUGCUUUGGAAAAAGAUCGAAACCUUGAGCGCGAAUCAGCUUGUUGUGUCCGUAAUGAUGGAUCCGGUUGUUCCCAGAUGACUGAAAACAGAUGCAGUGAAACAUUAUCCACAUUUUAUGAUAAUACGGAGAUGUUAUUAUCUCAGAAGAGAGACAUUCGAACUGUAUGUGGUCUUGAUCCAAAAUAUUGCAAUAAACCAGCAUCACAGGUGCCUUUUGAAUGGGACAAGAAUAUUUUGAACUGGCCGAUUUGUGAAGACGGUACUAAACCAAAUCAAUCAAAAGCAAGCAAAAUUGACCGACAUAUGUCAUGUGAAAUUGUAGCCCGACCAUGUUGCCAUGGUAUUCAGGGAGAAUGUUUUAUAACUACACGGAAACAUUGUGAAUUCAUUCGGGGUUACUUUCACGAAGAGGCUUUCCUUUGUUCUCAGGUUGACUGUUUGAGUCGAAUAUGUGGCAUGAUACCAUUCCUCUACAAAGACAAACCUGAUCAGUUUUAUAGAUUGUUCACAACAUUGUUCCUUCAUGCAGGUUUCAUCCACCUGAUACUUACAGUGUUAUACCAAGCUUUUGUGAUGCGAGAUAUUGAAAAAUUAACUGGUUGGUUGCGAAUAUCAAUCAUAUAUCUUGGUAGUGGCAUUGCUGGCAACCUUGCAAGUGGCAUUUUUCUACCAUAUCAAGUGGAGGCUGGACCUUCUGGUGCCCAACUAGGAAUUCUUGCUUGCUAUAUCGUUGAAAUUAUACAAAGCUGGCAAAUCCAGAAAACUCCUUGGCAAUCUGUCAUAAAAUUUGUUGCAAUUCUUCUCCUCCUGUUUGUACUUGGUUUACUUCCAUGGAUAGACAACUGGGCACAUAUUUUUGGAUUCUUCGUAGGGUUAUUCCUUGCUUUUGCACUUCUACCUUAUGUUACCUUUGGUUUCAAGGACAAAAAGAAGAAACUGAUAUUAAUUUUUGUUAGUCUUGGUCUAUGUAUUAUGUUUUUUGUAAUUCUCAUUAUCCUAUUUUAUGUAUCCCCUGUCUAUCAAUGUGAUGCUUGUCAGUAUUUCAAUUGCAUCCCUUUUGUUUCUCCCAAAUUUUGUCAAAACAUGCAAGUCACCAUCCGCCGGGAAUCCAAAUAUGAUGAUGUCUGAUAGGUUUUACUUGUAACAAUUGUCAAUGUUGUUGCUGUUGCAGUUGUCUAUAUAUAUUUUUUUAUAAGCUUCAUUUAUUUUUUAAAAUUUUAUAACGACAGUGACAAUGAAGUUUUUAAAGUUGUUGUUAUUAUUGCUGUUGUUGUUUAGCCCCAGGUUGACCCUGAUCAAACAGACUUUGAUCAAAAGUAUUCCUACUAUAAACAGCCUGCCCUUUUAGGGGUAUCUAGGAAACUUACAUUAUUCAAUGCGUCCUUUUUUUUUCCCAUGACAUUAAUGAUUUGAGGGAGAUUUGGUUGCUAUUUCUAACAGGUUGAGUGACCACAUGAAGGCUCCCUUAGACCAGAAGUUUUUGAAUGGUCUUUGUUUGUUGGUAUUCUUGAUAUUGUUGUCUUAGUCUCAAGAAAAUUCACUGUUACCUCAAAACAAUAACAAACUUUUAAGCUUGCAACUAUUAAUCUCUUGGCCUUAAAUCAUCAUCAUCAUCACCAUUAGCAUCUACAUCAUUAUCAUUGUCACCACCACCAUCAUCAUCAUAUCAAUCAAAACGUUGGCUAAACCUCAACAAGAGCUGAGUAUACACUCAGCACCCAUAAACACUGCUGGCGUGUCUAGUUCAUCAGACCAUAGACUAAUAAGCACACACUUGUAAAAUAACAGACUCUGAGUAAUGCUGUAGAUAUAUAAAACAUAAUAUAUAAUGUAUAUCACAUGUAUUAUAUAUGUAUUAUAUAUAUAUAUUUUAUAUAUGUGUGUGUGUAUGUGUAUAUAUGUAUAUAUUUGUUCAAUGGUUUGUCUCCUUUUAGAUUAUACAAAUGAAAGGCAAUUGUCUUUAAUAAUAAUAAAGAUCCCAGAUAUUGGAGCUGCCAAUAAAUUUGUAUUUUCUAGCAUACUGCCAAUAUAUCUUUAUUUA